GUCGACAUGGCUCAGUCUCAGUCUCAGUCUCAGCAGCAGCUGCUGCUGCUCACCGUCUUCUGUUCACAAGCACUGCUCACUCUGUUCCUCUGCUUCCUGCUGCUACGAUCACGAUACCGACACUACCACAAGCAGCAGCAGCUCGACCAAGGCCGCCGGCGGCUGACUCCUUCGCCUGGCGGCCGGCUCCCCAUCAUAGGCCACCUGCACCUGGUGAAGCCCGGAGCCCCCCACGUGUCCCUCGCCGAGCUCUCCCGGAAGCACGCGGGCCCUGAUGGGCUCCUUCUCCUGGACCUGGGCCAGGCCCGCACCCUCCUGGUCUCCACCCCGCGCGCCGCCGAGGCCGUCCUGCGCGCGCACGACCACGCCAUGGCCUCGCGCCCGCCGUCCGCGGCGGCCGACGUCCUCUUCAGCGGCUUCUCCGACGUCGCGUUCGCGCCCUACGGCGAGUACUGGCGGCAGGCCAGGCGGCUGCUCACCACGCACCUGCUCAGCGCGGGCAAAGUGCGCGCGCUCCGCGGCGCCCGGGACGAGGAGGUGGGCCUGGUGCUCGCCAAGGUCCGCCGGGCCAGGAGCAGGCAGGCCGUGGUGGACAUGAGCGGGCUGUUGGGGGCCUACGCCAACGACGUGGUGUGCCGCGCCGUGUCCGGCAAGUUCUUCCGGGAGGAAGGCCGGAACGGGCUGUUCCGGGAGCUCGUGGCCGGGCACGUGGCCGCGCUGGCAGGGUUCGGCAUGGAAGACUUGUUCCCGGGGCUGGGCAAGGCGCGGCUGCUCCGGCGGCUCGUGCUGGCCAAGACCAUCGGGCUUAAGAGGAGGUGGGACGAGCUGCUCGACGAGAUCAUUGACGAACACGCAGCCAGAUUAUCUUCGUCGUCGUCGCAAAGCCAGAGACGGCAUGAUAAUCGUGGAAACGACGACGAGCAGGAAGAUCGGGAGAAAGACUUUGUAGAUGUUCUCCUCUCUCUUCGGCACGAGUACAGUCUCACUAGAGACAACGUCAAGGCCAUCCUCAUCGACAUGUUUGCAGCGGGCACGGACACAUCGCACAUCGUGAUGGACUUCGCCAUGGCGGAGCUCAUGCGGAAGCGAGGCGUCAUGGCCAAGCUCCAAGCCGAGGUGAGGAGCAUGACGCCCGAGGGCCAGGAGACGGUGAAGGAGGAGGACCUGAGCGGCAUGGCGUACCUCAAGGCCGUCGUGAAGGAGACGCUCCGGCUGCACCCGCCGGUGCCGCUCCUCCUCCCGCGCAUCUCCAUGGCCAGCUGCGACGACGUCAACGGCUACGCUGUGCCGGCCGGGACGCGCGUCCUCGUCAACGCGUGGGCUCUUGGAAGAGACCCGCGGUCGUGGGGGCUGGACGCGGAGGAGUUCUCGCCGGAGAGGUUCAUGGUCGACGGCGGCGGGGCCGACUACAAGGGGAGGGAUUUCCAGUUCCUGCCGUUCGGAGCCGGGCGGAGGAUCUGCCCCGGGGUGAGCUUCGGGGUGGUUUCCGUGGAAAUUAUGCUCGCCAACCUCGUCUACUGUUUCGACUGGGAGCUCCCCGGUGAGAUGCAGGAGGAGGACGUCGACAUGGCUGACGUGUUUGGGCUCACCAUGCCUCGGAAGGAGAAGCUCCUCCUUGUCCCCACGAUACCACGAAUGAGAUCAUGAGCCAACAGUACUGCAUGCGCGCGUGACGCUUGCUUGUGGUCACCUCUAAGUUCUUGGGCGCCCCAGCCCGUGCGCCAGUGUUGCUGCCACAGAAGAUGUGUGUGCGUCUGCCUCAGAUACUCCCUCCAUUCUACUUAUAUAAUGUACAUACAAAUAAGU